GCUUACUCGAAAAUGCAUCAAAAUGCACAUACUUCUUGAAUGUAGUGGGAGGACGACACCAUCAUCGACGAUACUCACGGCACCGGCACCACGGCCCACGGCUUUUCAGUCGUUCAGUCCAGUCGUACAGUCGAGAGAGAGAGCACGUUAUUAAGCGGGUUACUUUGUUGGACGAAGAAUCACGGAAUCUUGUUGUUAUUGUUAAGUUUCCUUGGUUACCAAUCAAUAAGUACUGAGUGUGUUUGUGUAAUCUAUACCGGUGUCAAGUGCUUUUUGUGUGUUUAAUUGAUAUGACUUUUUUAAAGGAUUGAACUAUUAUUAUUUGGACUUUCCAAAAAUGUGUCCCCAAUUUUUUAUAGUAUUACUUUUUGGACUGUGUGGAGCUUUGGAACUUAGGAACGGAGCUUACGAAGAUUUGGUCAUUAAAGUGUCCGACAAUGUGCCGCAGAAUGAUUGUACUAUGAUUUUAAACAAUAUCGAGAAAACACUGACGAGUGCUUCACAAUACCUCUUUUCCGCCUUGGACAGCCGUGCAUACUUACGUUCAGCAACAGUUUUACUUCCCACAAGCUGGCCAGACUCCUGCGUGGCCUCGUCCGUUUUGUCAUCUUCCGGGGAAGUUUCUGACAUCACCGUGCUUCCUAAUGAUCCUGUCCGAGGAAGUAUUUGGACCCAACAGUCGCUCGGAUGUGGUCAACCAGGAGAUCAAAUUUAUCUAGGAUACGAGGAGUUGUUGAAAAAAAAUAACAAUUUAGGAAGAAAAUUAGUAAGAGAAUUUGCCAAGUAUCGUUUUGGGGUCUUUGAUGAAGAUGGUUAUUACAAUGAUCCCAUCUAUCCUAUUUGUUAUCUGGAUGAUCAAACGAAACAAGUAAAAGUCACCGGAUGCUCAGAUUUGCCAAUCAAAGAAAAUGGAAUUUGCACCGAUAAGCACGCAGUAUACAACUUAACAAAGAUGGUAGAUGAAAAAGCUCGAUCAAGUAUAAUGUUUGCACCAGAAAUCCCAUCAGUCUCAAUGUUCUGCGACGAAGGAAAUCAUAAUCGUUUAGCUCCGACUAAACAUAACUUCUUUUGUGAAAGAAGAAGCGUUUUAGACGUGAUAAUAAAUCACAAAGAUUUCACAAAGAAUUCUCAAGCUUCCCCUAAUGGUAACCAAAUUACAGACACCACACCAAGAAUUAUUUACAAGAAGCAAAAUAUUACUAGAUACGUAUUUGUAAUCGAAAACUCGAAAGAUAUGAUGCAAAGAGAAUCUUGGAGUUAUUUGCGAUUAGCAAUGAGACAGUGGGCUAGAUAUGUUCUACCAGAUAAUACUGAGAUUGGUAUGGUACUUUCUGAUCCUACCCAAUCGAUCAGAGCUUUAAAUAUCGUUCCAGUGAAAGUCAAUGGAUACGAUAGAUUUGGAAAUAAUAACAGGGAUAAAUUUUAUUCAGCUAUUCCUUAUACACCAAGUGAAAGUAUGCUAAAAGUGUGCCUACAUUGCGCCAUUACAGAAGCCAUGAAUAUGCUUAAGGAAAAAACAAAAUCUGAUGGUGCAGCAAAUAACGUCAUAGUAGUAAUAGCAACUGGAAUGACAGUCGAUAAUCAAAUGAAAACUACUAUUGAUGCUUUAAAAAAAUUCAAAAUCAAAGUAGCAACCAUCAACUAUCCUGAUGUGCUUAGACAGAAUACUCUUAGUUUACUAUCUACAGAAACUGGUGGAUCAGAUUAUACAGUAUUCGAAGAGAAACUUAAUGUCGACACAACGCUUUUAACUACUUACUUUGAACUGCAUAACGUCCUAUACGACAUUGUAAUGAAGUUUAGUUUAAGAAAUCAAAUUGAGUUACCCAUGGAAAUUCACAGAAAAAUUAUUACUGACGACGGCAGAACCUCCAUUACUGGCAGCUUCAUGUUGGAACCAAAUAUGGGCGAACCAGCUCAAUUUACGUUUUACACGCACAACACGAUUACGCCCUUGAUUAAGGGAUUGAAACUGAUUAGUCCCAGCCAACAAGUAUUCACUGCUAGAAAUGACAGGCUUAUUGAUUUCAAGAUGAUCACUCUCAACUCAAAUAUUUCAGAGACUGGAACAUGGACCUACAUUAUAGAACCAUAUCCAGGAAAUCCUCAACCUCAUUUUAUCCAAGUAAUGGCUACGCCGCGAUCUCUAUUCUCUCCCGUUGUACGAGUAGAUUUCAAAAUGCACAGAAACAUUCCUGGUGGACCGUUACUACUUCUAGCGGAGCUUAAAUAUGGCGAUUUACCAAUUCUAGGAGCAAAAGUAGAUGUAACGGUUACGAAACCGGGAACGAACGGAUCUCUGCCUUUAAGAUCUAAAAUUGAACUAUUAGAUACUGGAUCUGGUGAUCCAGACGUUACUAAAGGAGAUGGAAUUUACACAAGAUAUUUCAGUGCUUCGGAAUGGGGACCUGGAUUGUAUAACUUUGAAAUUAAGGCGAGUGAUAAUGGGAAUUCCUGGUUCAGCACUUCUAAGAGAGAAGGUGAACCAUGCUGUGGAAGUUCAAUAAGUUCAAACGCAGUUCAACCAUUAGCGCCCUUCCAACGUUCACUUGCAAAGCAAACAAUUAUAAUAACUGCAGAAGAUAUCGCUACAGCAAAUCAAGUUAUUGCUGGACGUAUUGGAGAUGUUAAAGUUCAAAUUUUGCCUGAGGAUUUAAAAGCUAGGUUAUCUUGGACGUCGCCCGAUAUGGGAGGAGAUUCAGUUUCACAUUACGAAAUUCGAUACGCCAAUACUGUUCUCGAUAUAAUGGAAAAAUUCGAAACGAAAGCGAGUACUUGGGAUUUCGGGCAACCGUUUCCUUUGUCGCCCGGUUCGGAAACGACUUUUACAUUGGAUUUUAAUCAAAAAAAAGAUUUAUUAGAUCAGACGUUGUAUUUUGCUAUUAAAUCGUAUUCGAAAACUGUUAAUAAUAUUUCUGGACCGAUUUCUAACUGGGUGAGAGUGUUAGUAGCGUCUCCUCCACCUCCACCGACUGUACCACCAGUUCAUUCUUCCAAUGAUAAUUCUUAUUGGCCAAACAAUGUCAAUUCGUUAGAUAUUGAGACUGCAGGGCCUAAUAUUACAAAAAGUAUGCCUAUUGGUUUGGAACUGAUUUUGCCAGUAGUUACUGGAUUGAUUAUAUUAGUAAUUUUGUUGAUAUUAUAUUUUUAUUUUUGUAUCAUCAAGAGGAAACAUAAAGAUAACGCCAAAUCUUUAAAAGCCAAUGCUAUUAAUAAAGAUAAUUUGAAUUCGACGAUAACCAUCGUUCCUAGUUCUCCUCAAAACAAUUCUAAUUCUUCUAGUCAGACUUACGUAGGACAAGACGUUCCCGAUCCUCAUCAAAUUGGACUUCCAGUAAAUAACUAUGGGUAUGAAGAUGAUACGAAAAAACGUUAUUCCUUAGUUAAUCAACAGGAACAGCAGCUAAUCGAAGAGCUAAAACAUCACCAACAACAAAGAGACAAUAAUUACGAAGGAGUUAGUGUGAUUUCUAAUAACACUAUUAAUAGAAAUCAAAUUCUAAGUCCUUAUAACUCCUGGAGCGCUUCUCAAUUAUUACACGAGCACGAAAGAAGACGCAGUCCAAUGAUGGACGGUAAUAUGAGCCAAGAGCAAAUAAUGAAUCAUCAAGGAUUAAUGCUGAACGAGGAACAAAUGUCUAACGUAGACCACAUGAGUUUAAAUGGCCACCAAAUACUUGAACCCUAUUCCCAAUCUCAUAUGCCGCCACCGGUUCCACCAUUACCCGUUUUUGGUGAUAACAGAUACCCUCCUAACUAUGAAGUUUAUGACGUUCAUCCGUCAAUGCACGUCCAUCCUAUUUAUCAAAGUAUGCACAGGAGGGAACCGUUCAAUCAAAGCUUGCAAGGAUCUCUCAGUUCUGUUAACUCCGGCGAAAAGAAAAGGAGGAAUGUAACGAUGGUGUAACAGCAAGUUGUAGUCAUUGUUCAUACUACUUAGCGGUUCGAUACCAGUUAUGUUUGACUAAUGUAAAUAUUUGUACCAAUUAAUUUUAGGUAAUGUAUAUAAUUUGUAUAUAGGGUAGUCCAAAAGUAUGAAAACGUUUAAAUGUUUUGGAAUAUUUAAUUUAGAAAAAAAAAUUGUAUUUUGUGCAAAAUUGUUUUAUUUAAAACAUGCAAAGUGCUUUCGGCAUAACGCCAUCUUCAGUGCUUAUAUUGUGGGUGUAAAUAUGUAAAUAUAAAAUAUGAAAUUUGAGUCCCAGAACUUAAUUUAAAAAAAAAUACAAUUAAUAAAGUUACAAAUUAAAGAAAAACCUAAUGUUUAAGACAAUGAUUAGGACAUAAACCCUUAGUCGUUCAAAUAGAACCCCAAGAAGCUUAUGCUGACCCGAUUUAGGCGAUUUUAAACCACUAGUCCCGAUUUUGUACAAUUUUGACCC